AUGGUACGUGAUUUUGAAAUAAAACAGCGUGGUUUACUGCUUAUGGCGAUGGAUCAAGUUGUGGAUCAAGCUAUAAAGAAGCAGAGCGAAAUGCUUAAAGAUAUUCGUACCAAGCCGUCACUUUCGUCAAGUUCUGGAAGUCCCCAAAGAAAUUUACCGCAGCCAUCGCUAUUUCCUGAGUGUGAAAGUCCGCAGAAGCAAUCACCGUAUUUGCUGAAAGCUGAAAGCCCGGAAGUGCACAGAAUAGAUCAUCGGAAUCUUCAACAUUAUUUGGUGGGAAGCAAGCUGAUGACGGAAAGUGAUCGUGUCCGCAAGGCCAUGUUUGCACGUAUGCUCAAUCAUAUCGAAGGCUUACCAAAGGCGACGUUAUGCCCACUCAAGACGGGCCACGAUCCAACCUGCCCGCUUUCGCAUACGUACAUUGAGGUCAUGACGUACAACCCAUUAUACAAGAGUUUAAUCUGCCGUCAACCAUCUCACUACUGGGGCAGCGAAAUCAAGGAGGAUGACAGCUGUGCGUGCUUGCAUGUCGAUUCUGGUCUCGCAUGGGCGUGGAUGGAUAAGUUUGGUGACAAGCGUUUCUAUUGCCUCCAUGGUGAUAAAUGCACUAAUACCAAGUGUUUCAAGUCGCAUACGUUUGAAGACAUGUGCUGGUACAAUCCGUCAUACAAGAUCAAGCGCUGUACUGUGCGCACUCAUGACCACAUAUCACGAACGCGUAAAAUGAUUGCGCCGCCACUCGACUGCGGUUACUACCACAUUGACGAAGGCAAGAACGCUGAUAAGCGCAAUUAUUUGGUCGAAUCUGACCAUGUUGGUAAAGAGGUCAAGAUGCUGUUUAUCGAGCGUACGCACAAACCUCUCGCUGAUUUCCUUGAAACUCUUCGAUACGUGCGCAACAACAAUCUCUAA